GCCCGUCUAGCUCAGUUGGUAGAGCGCAAGGCUCUUAACCUUGUGGUCGUGGGUUCGAGCCCCACGGUGGGCGCUUCUUUUUCCAUCCCCUGCCAUUUUAUUUUACGGCUCACACUCUCUGUCUCUCUCCCUAGUUCUCUUUUCUAUUUUUAGGGACAAAAGUCAUCGGCAGCCUCUUUUUCAGGAGAAAAAACCACAUGCAUGCAUUUGCAUUACAUAAAUACAAACCCAGGUCAGGUCCCCAAUCCAAGAAGCCAUUCUACUGUCGAAAGUGUUUUCAAAGCUUCUCCAUUAAUUUCUCUCCUACCAGCAAUUACAACGCCAUCAGGGAUCAUGGACAUGGAUGAGUUCGUCAGCUGGUCGCCUCCGAAACCACAGAAGAAGUAUUACAUCCGUAAUGGUCGGGUAACCAGGGAUAAAAAUGGUAACACGAUAAUCAACGAGUUUGGGGAAACCAGCAAUGGCAGCAACCAUGGGAUGAUCGUUUUGGGGAUCGUGUUAGGCUUGCUACUGCUGUUCAUGGUGAGCAACUAUCUCGUAUACCGUUACGCCCAAAGGAAUUUCGCGUCACAAAUGAAGAAGAAGAAGCCAGUCUCCAAGAAGAAGAUGAAGCGGGAGAGGCUCAGGCAAGGCAUUUCUGCUCCUGGAGAAUGAACACAACAGUAAACUAAGUCACAUAGAGAGACCAUGUUCGUAGCAACUUCUCUGCUUCUGGUGUAUGCAUGACCUAAUUCAGCAUCUCUGUUCUUUUCUUUAGUCUCUUGUGUUGAACAAAUUCAGUUGGUCGUAAAUUUGGGAGAUCAAUGUUACAUUUAAGCAGCAACCGCCAACCGAUGUCUGCCUUCUUUAGAUUGUUCCAUAAACGUAACCAUGCCUCAAAAUUGAGUAGCAAAAUGACCAUCCAGAAAUGCGACGACACAACUGGGAAAUAAGAGUGCACAAUACAC